AUGUCUUCAACUGAUCCUGAUAGAGUUAUCGAAGAAGACGACGAUGAAUUCGACUGGGAAUCAGCUGUCAGAGAGAUUGACGUCGCUUGUCAGAUCACCGAAUCCUCCUCUUCUUCUCUUUUUCAUUCUUCCAGUAACGUUCAAAAGAAGCUAUCAUCUUCUCGACAAUCCACUCUCGAUAAAUUUAUAGGAAAGGCAGGCCUAGCUAUUGCUCCUCCACCUGUCAAUUGUGAUUCAGGAAGAAGGGAACAAUACAUGGUCGACGAAGUUGAAAGGUUUGGCCUUGUUAAAAUUGAUCCUGAAACAGCCCAUACUUGGAUUUACCCAGUGAAUGUUCCUCUUCGUGAAUAUCAACGAUCCAUAACUAAGACAGCUUUAUUUUCAAAUACAUUAGUAGCACUGCCAACUGGACUUGGAAAAACUCUUAUUGCAGCAGUUGUGAUGUAUAAUUAUUUCAGGUGGUUUCCACAAGGUAAAAUUGUCUUUGCUGCUCCUUCACGACCACUUGUUAUGCAACAGAUAGAGGCAUGCCAUAAUACUGUGGGAAUACCUCAAGAGUGGACAAUUGAUAUGACGGGUCAAACAAGUCCCUCAAAAAGAGCAUCCUUGUGGAAAGAUAAGCGAGUGUUUUUUGUGACACCACAAGUUCUAGAAAAGGAUAUUCAAUCUGGCACAUGUUCAGUUAAACAUAUAGUUUGUUUGGUGAUAGAUGAGGCUCAUCGAGCAUCUGGGAAUUAUUCAUAUUGUGUUGCUGUGCGCGAGUUAAUGUCUGCACAACAGCAAUUCAGGAUAUUGGCUUUGACCGCAACACCUGGAUCAAAACAGCAGAGCAUCCAGCAUAUCAUUGAUAAUUUACAUAUAACAAUACUGGAGUAUCGAAAUGAAUCUGAUCCAGACGUGAGUCCAUAUGUGCAUGAUAGAAAGAUUGAAACAAUUGAGGUCUCCAUGGGGGAAAGUGCUACUGAUGUAAACAAAAUGCUUUUGGAAGUUAUACGGCCAAUCGUUGCCAGGCUUUCUGCAUUUGGAAUACUUCAGAACCGUGACUAUCAGACUUUGAGCCCAUGUGAUCUACUUAAUUCAAGGGAUAAAUUUCGCCAAGCUCCACCGCACGAUCUCCAUCAUAUGAAGUAUGGAGAAGUGGAAGGAUAUUUUGGAGUUCUUAUUACUCUUUAUCAUAUACGUAAGUUGCUUUCAAGCCAUGGGAUAAGGCCAACAUAUGAGAUGCUCGAAGAAAAGUUGCGGCAAGGGUCUUUUGCUCGUAGUAUGAGUAAGAAUGAAACUAUAUGGAAGGCAAAGCUUUUGAUGCAGCAAAGCCUAUCACAUGGAGCACCUAGUCCUAAACUAUCAAAGAUGUUGGAAGUGUUGACUGAUCAUUUCAAAAUAAAAGAUCCAAAAAAGUCGAGGGUGAUAAUUUUUUCAAACUUCAGAGGUAGUGUCAGGGACAUAUUGGAUGCAUUAAAGAGCAUAGGCGAUUUCGUCAAAGCAACAGAAUUUAUUGGUCAAAGUUCAGGAAAAUCAUCAAAAGGCCAGUCACAGAAAGCUCAGCAAGCUGUUUUAGAGAAAUUUCGCACUGGUGGCUAUAAUAUUAUUGUUGCAACAUCAAUUGGCGAGGAAGGUCUAGAUAUCAUGGAGGUUGAUCUAGUAAUUUGUUUUGAUGCUAAUGUCUCACCUUUAAGAAUGAUUCAGCGCAUGGGGAGAACAGGAAGAAAGCAUGAUGGUCGAGUUGUCGUUUUGGCCUGUCAAGGGACGGAACUGAAGGGUUACAUGAGAAAGCAAGCACAUGGAAAUGCUAUACGUAAACAUAUGCGAAAUGGAGGAACAAAUAGUUUUAAUUUCCACACUAGUCCAAGAAUGAUUCCACAUAUUUUUAAACCAGAAGUCCAAUAUGUUGAGAUCUCAAUUGAACAAUUCAUUCCCCGUGGUGGAAUUAAAGUGAAAGAUGACGAUGCUUCCGAAAUCCCAAAUAUUCAAUGCAAACUGACUGAUUCUGAAGCUGAUCUAGUUGCCAAAUAUUUCCCACCUACGAAUGGGAGUAGUACAUGGAGGCCAUCACUCAUUGCCUUCCCUCAUUUUCAGUCAUUUCCUUCCAGGGUGCAUAAACUAAUGCAUUCUUUCCGAUCAUGCGUUCUAGUUGAUGCAAUGCAACACUUGCAGAACUUAUCAUAUUGUGGGGAUGAAAAAGCCUUCUUCCUGGAGGUAUACAACACUUGGUCUUGUCCCAAUUAUCAGGAUGAAUGCUUAUUGAAUCCAAACAAGAGAGUGGAAAAUGUAGAACAACAUGAGAGUACCAUGCCAGGGCCCCAGAUUUCUCAAGGUUCUCCAGUUGAUGAUUCACAGAAAUUAAUACCACAUUCCAACUCAGCUUUUGAGACCUGUGGAAUUGAGGAGCAGCACUGUCUGCAAGACUCACCGUGCAGAGGUCCUGCCAAGCAUUCUUACCUCUUCGGUUCUGAUUUUAUUACUAUUAGCCCGUUGGGUAGAGUUGUCAUUUUGUCUGUGCCCCAACUUCCGGUAAAAGAAGCCUCUCAUUCCAAGUAUGGCAACAUUAGCAAGAACCUCUCACUUAACUAUUUGAAGGAAGAUGGAUUUUGUGUUAAGGUUCAAUGCAGAGACUACAAUUUGGAAACUCGAGAAAUAGAGAACUCAGCUUGCCACAUAGCUUGUACUCAGACAAAUGAUCAUUUACAUACAGAUGAGUUUGUUAACUUCGAUGCCCAGCAGAAAAUCAAUUUAGAUGGCAAUGACUCCAAUCUACAGGAUUCCUUGUGCAAUGCAAAGCUGUUGAAUGAUGGGGAUCCUGAUAGCAUAGCGCAUGUGGAAGACGAAAUUAUGAUGCCUUUAGCUGGUGACUCGAUCAAUGAAUUUAUAGAUGUUGAUCUGAGUCCUCGAUUAACUAAUUUCAUCAAAAGUGGUGUUGUUCCAGAGUCUCCCAUACAGCACACAGGGGUAUCACAAGCUAAAGAAAGCAGUAAGUCAUUGUCUCCAAAAAUUGGUUCACCUACUAGAUCCAACAAGGAAAUAUUAUUGGAAUCAUCGGUUGAUAAGGGAGCUGAUAAUAGAAUAAUUUGUGAAAAUUAUUUUUCACUUUCUACUAAUGAAGAAAUUCAAACCCCUGUACUCCCUGUGAAGAGUUAUGCCAGAAGAGGGGUCAUCUAUGAUUCGCCCAUUAUUGGAAAUGUACAAACUCCUUUUGAUUCUUCUAGAAACGAUCUUUGCAGUAAAGAAUGGAAGUUGUCUUGUGGAAGCAAAUCAGCAAGUGCCAAACCAACAAAGUUGAAACGUUUACGCAGAUUUGGGGAUAUAAAUAAACGGAUACCAAGGGAAGAAAAGUUCCUACAAGACAGUGGUCCUUCAACAUCAUCUUUAAGUGCUCUGCCAAUUAAAAUUGCAAAGGGGAAAAGAAAGAUGGAUUUGGAUGCAAAGGACUUCAUUGAAGAGGAAGCUGAGGUGUCUUCAGAAUUUGAAGUAUCAGAUGAUGAAGAAGAAGGAGACCCGAAUUCCAGUGAUGAUAGCUUUAUAGACGAUAGAAUCAACCCCACAUCAAACAUUCAACCAGAAUCUAGUGAAAUGAUGGCAAUUUACAGGCGCUCUUUGCUCACCCAAUCACCUAUGGUGAGCCUUCCAAACUAUGCCACAGAUAUUACACCUGGUUCCAUCAUUUCCAUUGCCGAGUCAAGUCAAAGUGCUUACUCACCAGUUGCGAUUAACCAUGUGGUUCAAACGCCUCAAACUCUGAUAAAUUUUUCUGAGAUAAUGAAUUCUUCACAACCCGACAAUAUUGGAGAGAAUGAGAAUGAUAAUGGGACUAGAAAAAGAAAAUUGAGUUUUUCUCAAGUUGAGUUUUCAAAUCAUCAGUUCAAGACAGCUUGCACCAAAACACCACAUGUCCAGAAUGACGCGGAAAGGAUAGAAAAACUUGAACAUUCAUUAGACGACGAUCAGUUCUUCAUGGAUGUCGAUCUCGAUGCAAUUCAGGAACAAGCUGCUGCGUUACUGAGACACAAAACUCAAACGUCCAUGCAAGGUAUUAUUGUAUCUGGUGAUAAGAAUUCUCCUACAUUUGAUCUUGGUGUAUAGUCCUAAUAAUGUUGUAUGGAUUGUUAUAAGUUAU